AGAAGUUAUCUCCCUUGAUCAUGUGGAUAGGACGUUGACAAAAACUGUAUUGUAACAGAUUUGUCUUGGAUGGCAGCUAACAUAUCAGAUGUCGAUGUAUUAUUAGAAGAGAAUAUUGUUGAUAGACCAUUUUGUUCACACGGUCCUACUUCGUUAUUUGUGAAAUACACUGUAGAUGGAGACAGUCAGCAAUUCUAUGCAUGUUCUGCAUUCAGAGAUCGAAAAGAGUGUAAUUUUUUUCAAAGGAAAGAUGAAAAAGUUUCUGAGUCAAAAAGGACAGCAAGAGAAACCAUAAAAACAGAAGCAGAUCAGGCAUACAAAAAGCUGAAGAAAAGAUGUCACAAGCUGAGAAAGUUGAAAGCUAUAGCCAGAGUAUUUUGUGUUACCUGUGGUCAGUUUUUAUUACCCAAGGAGAAAGAUGAUCAUAGUCAACAUGAAACUAAAUCAUCUGUUGAUGAUGACACAAUAAGGAGUCCAUCAAGACUGUUUAGACCAUUAGACAAUAAUAAAACUUAUGCUCAAUACCUGUUUUCAGAAUCCACAAUACAGUUUACAAUAAAUGUUCUCAAGAAGUUGAAAAUAUCUAAAGUACUAUGUGUUGGAGCACCCAGAAUACAUGAAGCAAUACAGAGUGACAGGAUCAAACACAGCAAACUGGAAUCUUUGUUGUUAGACUUGGAUUACAGAUAUCAACAGAUCUAUCCUCCAAAGAAGUUUUGCCGAUAUAACAUGUUUAACCAUUAUUUCUUCAAUGAUAGUACAAGUGAGGCAGUAUUUUCCAACUUCCUCACAGAAUCAGAUGACAAACAUAUUGCCUUAGUAACAGAUCCACCAUUUGGAGGUCUUGUAGAGGUUUUAGCUUCAACAUUUAAAAAAAUUACAGAAACAUGGAAAAAGCAACGAGACACAAUAGAAGACAAAGAAUUACCAGUUCUUUGGUUCUUCCCAUACUUCAUGGAAAAGAGGAUUGUAGAUUGUUUACCACAGUAUAGUAUGUUAGAUUACAAGGUUGACUAUGACAACCAUGCUUUAUUCAGAGGAGAUGUAAAGAAAUACGGAAGUCCUGUCAGAAUAUUUACAAAUAUACCUCCAUCACAGAUAGAACUACCCUCUUCAGAAGGUUAUUGGUAUUGUAGUGAGUGUAAAAGAUACUCUGGACCAGAAAAUGUCCAUUGUCAGAUGUGUGAUUCUUGUACAUCUAAGGAUGGUAGGACAUACAGACAUUGUUUUAAGUGUGACAGAUGUAUAAAGCCGUCUAAAGUUCACUGUGAAAAAUGUGGAAUAUGUCAACUUAAAGAUCAUAAAUGUGGACAGAUAAUAGGCAGAGGGUGUCACAUUUGUGGAAAUCUCAGUCACAAAAGAAAAGACUGUCCUAACAAAGGGAAACCAAUUAAAAGAAAGAAGUUCAAGCAAGAUGGCAGGCCUAUUAAAAAGAAGAAAUUUUCUAAAUAAAUACUUAUGUUUUAGAA